AUGACUAUUUUAAUGCAUAAACCAACUUUUAAACUAACUAAAUGGAAUUUGCCACCUGCAGGGAAAAUCAAGCUUAACAUUGAUGGCAACAGGAAGCUUGGAGGUGGAGAGGGAUUUGGUGGACUCUUCAGAGAUGAAAGAGAAGCUUGGGUGUAUGGUUACUAUGGCAAAUUUCACAAUGGCUCUCUACAAAGGGUUAACAAUCAUCUUCAAAAAGGUAUGCACAAUGUGAUUAUUGAGAUAGAUGCAGAGCAAGUGGUGCAGUUGAUGGAAGCAGAUCCAGAUGACAAAUUUCCAUUCAAAGGACUUGUGGAGGAUGCUAAGAUCCUAUGA